AUGCCAAUGACAGAUCCAGACGCGUCCAUUACUCAGUACUCGAACAUGCAGAAUAACCUCACAUUGGCAGCAUCCGCAUCGGCAGCUGCACGAUCAGCCUACGGAAGUUUAGCACAGCCUAUGGUUCGUCGUGCACCAGGCAAUGAAAAUUAUCCGGAAUAUCCUCGGCCACUGGAUAGAAAUGGAUAUAACGGACUAACUGGAUUGUUGAGAAGUUACCCGCAAACAACUACGAAACAGUCGUCAUAUUCUGCUGGAGGUUCACCGCCAGCUGUUUCUCCAUCGUUUUUCGGUUCAUCAUCCUCCAGUACGACAUCGAAUGCAUUCCAACCGUGGUCGAAUAAUCUUUACACGGGACUUGGACUCAACGAAACUUCUGGCGAGUUCUUUCAUUAUCGGCUUUUACGAAAAAAUGUGUGCGGUAUAAGAAGUGUGUUUCCAGAUCUGUUCUCUAAUCGCUCAUCCGUUCUAUCGGGGGCUUCACUUUGGUCUUCUGGCUUUGGUUCAAUGUCUUGCGGUCAACAAAUUCCUUCAAACCAGCGUGAUGAAGGUCUUGGCGACUCACCUCCAAACAACAUUUCAUCAACCGCUUACAAUUUGAUGUCGUCAAUUUGGGCCGAUAUUGACGCACCACGUGAACCAGAAGCGAAAGGUGUAGCGAUGCUAACCGUGUGA